AUGUCCCCUUCCACCUCGGCUUCGGCUCGUCACUUUUCUCUUUUUCCUCGACUAGCUUCCUCCCCGCGCGCCCGGCCCNCCUCGCUGGCCGACGAGCUGCCGCCGCUGUUCCCCGCGCCGCUGCUGGCCGGCGUCACGGCCGCCUGCGUGGCGCUCUUCGUGGUGGGCAUCGCGGGCAACCUGCUCACCAUGCUGGUGGUGUCCCGCUUCCGCGAGCUUCGCACCACCACCAACCUCUACCUGUCCAGCAUGGCCUUCUCCGACCUGCUCAUCUUCCUCUGCAUGCCCCUGGACCUCGUGCGCCUCUGGCAGUACCGGCCCUGGAACUUCGGCGACCUGCUCUGCAAACUCUUCCAGUUCGUCAGCGAGAGCUGCACCUACGCCACGGUGCUCACCAUCACGGCGCUCAGCGUCGAGCGCUACUUCGCCAUCUGCUUCCCGCUGCGGGCCAAGGUGGUGGUCACCAAAGGCCGGGUGAAGCUGGUCAUCCUGGUCAUCUGGGCCGUGGCCUUCUGCAGCGCCGGGCCCAUCUUCGUGCUGGUGGGCGUGGAGCACGAGAACGGCACCGACCCCCGGGACACCAACGAGUGCCGCGCCACCGAGUUCGCCGUGAGCUCGGGGCUGCUGACCGUCAUGGUGUGGGUGUCCAGCGUCUUCUUCUUCCUGCCCGUCUUCUGCCUCACGGUGCUCUACAGCCUCAUCGGCAGGAAGCUGUGGCGCCGGGGGCGCGGCGAGGCCGUGGCCGCCUCGCUCAGGGACCAGAACCACAAGCAAACCGUGAAGAUGCUGGCUGUGGUGGUGUUGGCGUUCAUCCUCUGCUGGCUGCCCUUCCACGUGGGGCGGUACCUCUUCUCCAAGUCCUUCGAGCCCGGCUCCCUGGAGAUUGCCCAGAUCAGCCAGUACUGCAACCUGGUGUCCUUUGUGCUCUUCUACCUCAGCGCCGCCAUCAACCCCAUUCUCUACAACAUCAUGUCCAAGAAGUACCGCGUGGCCGUGUUCAGACUCCUGGGGUUUGAAGCUUUCUCCCAGAGGAAGCUGUCCACCCUGAAGGAGGAGAGCUCUCGGGCCUGGACAGAAUCCAGUAUUAACACAAGGGCAAGCACCUCGCUGAGCAAGGUCAUCGCUUAUUAUUCCACCCUGGAAGCCACAGCACAGCAGGACUUGGGAGGAAGCUGA